AUGCCACUGUACCUGGGCCUCGAUGUGGGAACAUCUGGUACCAAGGCUCUCCUGUACGACCCAGACAAGAAGCAGGUGUUGGGUAGGGGAUCCAUUGCCUAUGGCGUCCAGAGCAGUCGCGCUGGGGAGGCAGAGCAGGACCCUGCAAUCUGGAUAGAGGCGGUCUGCACGGCGAGCAGGCAGGCACUGCAGGGCCUCCCGGCGGCCCAGGUUAGGGGUAUCGGCGUCAGCGGGCAGCAGCAUGGCAUGGUGGUGCUCGACAAGGACAACAUGGUGCUGCGGCCUGCCAAGCUGUGGUGCGAUGUGACCAGCGCUGAGGAGGCUGAGGAGCUCUCCAGGGUCUACGGCACCACCCUCGUGCCCUCCUUCACAGCCACCAAGCUCCUUUGGCUCAAGAGGCACGAGCCAGAUGUGUUUGCCCAAGUGGCCACGGUGCUCUUGCCCCACAACUACAUCAAUUUCUGGCUGACUGGCGAGGCUGUCAUGGAGCCCGCGGGGCGGCUGCAGCCCGACGCUGCUGAGCGCUUGGGCCUGCCAGCUGGCAUCGUCGUGGGUCCAGGCGGUGGGGACAAUGCCAUGGCGGCGCUGGGGGUGGGCGCCGUGGAGGAGGGCACGCUGGUCCUGUCCUUGGGGACAUCAGGGACGCUGUUUGGUCCCAGCAUGGGCCUGAUCGAGGACCCCACCGGGAUCAUUUGCCCCUUUGCUGACGCAACGGGGGCAUGGCUGCCCCUGCUGUGCACCAUCAACUGCGCUGGUGUGCCAGAGGAGGCAAGUGGCGGAGGUGGUGUGUGGGUGCGACAGGCACAUGGGCUGAGCCACGAGGAGAUCACGGAGCUGGCUUCCAGGGAGCAGCCCGGCUGCGACGGCGUUACCUUCCUCCCUUUCCUGGGCGGCGAGCGGACGCCCAACUGGCCCCACGCCAGCGGCGCCCUGCUCGGUCUGCGCGUCGGCAGCAGCAGGCCCGGCCUGGUCUACCGCGCCGCGCUGGAGGGCGUCACCUUCCUGCUGGCUGCCGGGAAGGAGCGGCUGCGUGCGCAUGGCCUCGUCCCCGACGAGCUCCGGGUGGUGGGGGGCGGGGCGCGCAACCGUCUCUGGCGUCGCAUUGUGGCCGACGCCUUCCAGCUGCCGCUCCGUUUUCCUCUGGAGCCCGAGGCGGCUGCCCUCGGCGGCGCCCUGCAGGCCGCUGCCAUCGAUCGUGGCCAGAGGGUGGGCAAGUUCGUGUCGAGCCACGGGAUCGCACUGGAGGAGGGCGCCACGCUGCCGGACCCCGGGGUGGCUGGCGCAUACCGGGCCGCGAUGCAGCGCAGCCGGGCUCUGGGCCAGGCGCUUUUUGGCGAGGGGUCCCCUGGCAAGGGUGCGCACUGA